GGACUUGUGAAGGAAUACCUCAAACCGCUCUUCGUGGAGCUUUAUACUGUACCUCCAGAUUUGAACCCGGUUGUCAUCGUCAGCAAGGCAGAAGAGAAACUCGUUGGUCUACUACGAACCAGUGUGCAUGUUCCUGAUAAAAGGCAGAUCUGCAAGCGACGCUGCUUGGAAUGGCUCUUGCCUACGACGGCAUUUAUGGGACCGCUGAAUGACGCCUACCGCUGCCGUUUGAGCUGUUCGUGCCUGAGCUGUUCGUGCCUGAACCGGCAGUCCUUCGCCUCCGUGGUACGUGACACAAGUGCAGACACUGCAUAUCGUGAAUGCGUGUCUAUCAUUAACCAUUGCCAUCAACAGAGCUUGAUGGUGGAGUGCGCAUGAGCGAAAAAAAUCGCGUAUAACGCAGCAGACGGCCCUCGUAACAGAGACCUUAUUCCAGGAGUAGCGCAACGUCCGAUUCUGCGACCAGACUUAUGGAAUGUUUCAAACGAUCAAAUAAUCCAGAUAAAAGCACCAGAAGACGCAGUAUUACGUGGGUACGCCAAUAGCAUAGCAGCAAUCACACAGAGAGAAUUCAGAGGCGUAAAUAAAGUAAUGAGAAUGUGCAAGGAGAAAGAUGAGAAGGGCAAAAUGCACAAAGAAGAAAAGAGUUUUCUUGUAUGUUCUUAA